CACCCAGAACGAUCCAUUUUUGCCCCUUCCUAGACUUUUUCCUAGAACCCUUUGGAGACUUCUCCACCCUCCUUAAAUUCUCCCAACAUCAUCACUAUCAGCCCAGGAAGCAUCACAAAGAAAUUAAUCCACCUCAAAUUCAAAACCCAUCAAUAUGGCCUUGGCUCGUUUGGCUUUGAGGAGUCUGCAGCAGAGGGUUCCCUCUUCUUCUUCUUCUUCUUUGCUGAGCCCUAGUCUCAGUGAGAGAGCUCUGACUGGACAGAGGUGGGGGCCGGAGAUUGUGAAGAGGUUCUCGGCAACGCCUGAUGCUGCCUCUGACAAGCCAUCUGGUGAGAAAACAGAGGUUGCUGUUUCUGAAGGUGACAGAAAGCCCAAGCUCUUCCCCAGGAAGCAGAGGAAGAGGAGCCUUUGGAGGAACAAUAGAAACGAUUUUGUCCCUUCCCUGAAUGAGUUGUUCCCUCCAAGCAUAGGAAAUGCCCUGAUGCAAGCAACCCAACACAUGAACAGGCUACUUGAGAAUUUAGCACCUUCACGUCUGAUAGGCAGAUUAAAAGAGCAGGACCAGUGCUACAAACUCCGCUACGAAAUGCCCGGAUUGACCAAAGAGGAUGUGAAGAUCUCAGUUGAAGAUGGGAUCUUAUCCAUAAGAGGAGAGCACAAGGAGGAGGAGGAAGAAGGCUCAGAUGAUGAGCAUUGGUCAGCUACAAGCUAUGGGUACUAUGACACGAGCCUCUUGUUGCCUACCGAUGCCAAAAUUGAAGAAAUCAAAGCUGAGCUGAAGGAUGGUGUCCUCACCAUCAUUAUACCCAGGAAUGAAAAGAAGGGGAAAGAUGUGAAGGAGGUUCAGAUCCAGUAAUCCACUGAUUCUGAGUGGGUGAAUGUGACUCUUUGAAAUGGGGUGUUUAUAAUGUAAGAGAGUGAGCAACUUUGGGGUGUUUGAAAUUAAAAUAAAGUUCGUUGGGUUUGGACUUUUCACUGUACAGCUCGUCAUAUGUUAAUUGUCUGAAUGCAAUGUCUCAACCUUUGUAUUUUCUGAGGGAAAAAACAUGUAGUGUGUGAUGGGUAAGAGGUAGGAUUGAUAUAUGAUGAUUAAAAUUAAAAAAAUUAAAAAAUUGCUCAAAAAAUGAAGACAUGCUAAGAGUAGUGUUGGUCAAGACCCCAAUGGUCCAGCCCAUGAGAGUUGGGGAAGUUUGUUUUCUGAAAAGCUCUUGGAGCCCGUUCUAGAAGGGCUGGGUCUACUAGCUUUUUGAGCCCAAUUGUGGGUCUUUAUGGUCAGUUUUUGGGAGUCCAUUUGCUGCGGCCUGGACAGCUUUGGAGGCCCAUCUUACGAACUUUU